CGACAUUUUUACAUUAUUCGACUUACAUGGUAAACGCAUUUGAUAGAAAUGUUCGUCACUAGAUAUCUACUCGCCCACGUAAGCGCAAUAAUUUUCACUUUUUACAUAAUUAUUUGUGAAGGUGGGCAAGAGGAGGCCUGGAAUUGUUUAGAGGAUCGAUGUUGUUCCAUUGAUUUUAGCAAAAUGGUGGUAACAAUCGAUUUCUUACUGUAUGCGUGUGGUCAAAAGGUGGAGGACGAUUGGACAUACAGCUUGUUUUUAGACACCGGAGAAGAGAUGGACUACUUGGCCUAUCAUCCAUAUACACUGUUGGACGAGACACAGUACUGUGGUGAAAUUUGUGAGAAAAUCUUGGUUUGCAUCAAAUCGAAUACAUUCAAAGUAUCAGAGGAAAAUGGUGGUUCCGCUGAGUGGUGUUUCGAAGGACAUGUUGAAGUCAGUAAUGAGACCUUAUAUAAGGAUGAAAAUAUUUGUUUGAAUUUUAACAACGAUGUGAUUGAUAUACCAGCUGAUUUGGUUGAAUUCCUUUCCACUUCCGAGAUCUGGUAAAUUGAGACCAUUUUGGUAUAAUUUUAAAUGGUACGAAGGAAAUAUUUUUUUUCUUGAAGUUUGAGCUCACGAUAUGUCUUUUUUGUAAUAAAGAUUUAAAUGUAAAAAAAAAAAAAUAAUAAUUAAAGUAUAUAUA